AUGUCUGCCGAGGAGGACCUCAUCGACUACUCCGACGAGGAGAUCCAGCCCACCGAUGGUGCCGCAGCAACUGCGACCGCCACUAACGGCGAUUCCAAGAAGGGCGACUUGACUGUGACCGGCGCAGGCGCUCAGGGUAAAGGCUCAUACGUCGGUAUCCACUCGACUUCGUUCCGCGACUUGCUCCUUAAGCCCGAGAUCAUGAAAGCCAUUACGGACUGCGGUUUCGAACAUCCGUCAGAGGUCCAACAAGUCUGCAUUCCUCAGGCCAUUGUCGGCACCGACGUCCUCUGCCAGGCCAAGUCCGGUCUCGGUAAGACAGCCGUCUUCGUUAUCUCGACUCUCCAGCAGAUCGAUGUUGUGCCUGGCGAAGUCAGCGUGCUGGUCAUGUGUCACACCCGCGAAUUGGCCUUUCAGAUCAAGAACGAGUACAACCGCUUCACCAAGUACAUGCCUGAGGUCAAGACAGCUGUAUUCUAUGGCGGUACCGACAUCAAGGAGAACGAGAAGCUUCUGUCCAACAAGGAGACCCACCCAAGCAUCAUCGUCGCAACUCCUGGUAGGCUGAACGCUUUGGUCCGCGAGAAGAAGGUCCGCCUGGGCACAGUCAAGUUCUUCGUCCUGGACGAGUGUGAUAAGAUGCUGGACCAGAUCGACAUGCGCCGCGACGUACAAGAGAUCUUCCGCGCCACUCCGACCAACAAACAGGUCAUGAUGUUUUCGGCCACACUCUCACAGGGCACUCGACCAAUCUGCAAGAAGUUCAUGCGCAACCCUCUGGAGAUCUAUGUCGACGACGAGACGAAGCUCACUCUCCACGGUCUCCGCCAGUUCUACUGCAAGCUUAGUGAGGCAGAGAAGAAUAGGCGUCUGAACGACUUGCUUGACGAGCUCACGUACAACCAAGUCAUCAUCUUCGUCAAGAGCACUGUUCGCGCCAACGAGUUGUCGAAACUCUUGAUUGAGUGCAACUUCCCGGCUACCGCUGUGCACUCCGGUAUAAGCCAGGAAGAGCGCAUCAAGCGCUACCAAGAAUUCAAGAACUUCAAGCACCGCAUCUGCGUCAGCACUGAUGUCUUCGGCCGUGGUAUCGAUAUUGAGCGUAUCAACGUCGCCGUCAAUUACGACAUGCCCGACAGCCCAGCCAACCCUGGCUCAGCCGACAAGGAGAGCUUGGCAUCCGCUGCUGACACUUACCUGCAUCGCGUCGGUCGUGCUGGUCGUUUCGGUACCAAGGGUGUUGCUGUAUCUUUCGUCAGCAAUGAGCGCGAUGAGGCGGUCUUGGCGGCUAUCGAGGCUAGGUUCGAAAAGAAGAUCGACGAGUACCCUGCUGGUGGUGCUGGCAUCGAUGUCAUGGGCGAUUAG